UACACCUGUUCAUUAACUUUCACAUUUUAAGACCAGUGACAAACGAUCCGUUCCAGUUGAGAUCUCAGCUGUGUGAUUACAAUUUAAACUACUAACAGUGUAAACAGCGUGAGCGUCCUAUGAUAAUGUAUUAAUAAGGUGGAUAUAUUUAGAACUGAACAACCAGUGGAUUUAAUUAUUCCGGUAUUUCUGAAACCCCGUCAUGCACGUCCACGCUACUGGAGUGUUUUGUAUCAUCUUCGUUGUUGUCUUUUUGACCGGAUCCACUAAUGGGUUGCGCUGCUAUGAAUGCAAGUCCGAUAUCGAACCCGCGUGUGCCAACAAUGUGACGUCCUUAACACCAGUCUCAAUAGACCCGACAACAGGUGGCGCUUGCAGAGUCUGCAUGAAGACAUUCGAAUAUGGAGUCGUCAAGCGCCACUGCAGCUCGCUGAAAGACCCUAGCUCUCCUCUCCUCAAGUGCACAGGAGACUCGUGUGGGUGUAAGACUGAUUUGUGCAACGCAUCCGUAACCAUGGCAACGUCUCUAACAUCUCUGGUCGUUUCUCUCAUCUUCUCGGUUGUUGUCUAGGUUGAAGCAGAAGACCGGAAUCAUGCAAAAAAUGUGAUACGUUUCUGAUUGACACUUAAAGUGAUUAAAUGAUAAGAUUAGCGCUCAAGCAAGCGUGACAAUGUAAAAAUAUAACGAGAUGGUAUCAAUAAAAAUCAGAAUUGAAAAAGAUUCCAUGGACAGCGACUUGAAACAACGUGGAGCUAAGGCCAGAGUUUUUUAAUAAAAUGAUUUUCGGAUUUUUUUUCUAAGUGUCGGGUAGGAGGACGGGAAAAAAAAGAUGGGUGACCAAAUUUGCACUCAUUUUAAAAAUGUUAUGGUAUGAAGUUCUUUUUACUAAGCAACCACAGUGAUUUUUUUCAAACAUGUUGAUGGGCAAAAUGAUCAUAAUCAGACUGUAGGUCUUGAUGUGCAGUUUUUAAAUUAGUUUGAAUUUUAAAAAUAUCUAACUAUAUAUAUAAGUUCAAAAGUUAUGCAAUCAUUUCACUUGUCUAUAAUAAACUUUUUGGUGAUUUUUUGAUGUUUUUUUUCACAAGGAAUCCAUAUGUUGCAUUAAAAAUACUUUAUCUCCACAAACAACCAAUAAGCUAUUGAGGUUUAAAAGAAACAUUUAUAGUUUAUUGUCCAGUAAAAAUCAAUACCGCAGACAAAAACAAAUAGCAUAAUAAAACGAUUUUCAGGGGUUUCACUGGCCCAAAAAAAGUUGUCGCCACUUUAUCGCGGUGUGAAAACCGCCCGUAAUUCAAACUUAAUCAAUAAGGACAAUCAUUUAAGGAACCUUACUACAUUAAUGAAUAAUGGCAUUUACUAUAUUUUUAUUACUCUGAGAAGUAUGUUAAUACAUAAAUUACAAUAAGUACCUUCAUAAGUCUUAAUAUUAAAAGCUUUAUUUUUAUAUAACAAACAUUUUUCCACUUGAUAAACCAGAUAACCAACAUAAUAUAAUUACGUUAACAAUAUAAAUGUAACAGUAUGCUGCAUAAAUGUUUCAGAAUUAUUUAUUAAAACCUAGACUCACACAAAUACAUAUCAUCUGAAAGGAAAAAUAAAUCAAACAUCAGAAAAUAAAGCAUCUCAAUUCAAAUUGUUAAGCAGUUUAUACAUUUGGUCAUGAUAUACACCAACUUCUGUUUAUUAUCAAAUUUCACAAAUUCUAAAACAACACCUUUUGUUAAAAGGUUUUCUGUUAGUUGUGGUGGUUGAUUUCCAGGUUCAAUUAUUAAAAAUGAAUAUUUUUUUCACAUCUUUUUCUUGACAGAAAGACCCAGGAUAAUUGCCACCAUCCAUUCUUGUUGUCUGAAAUAACACAAAACAUAUUUGUACAAACAAUAUACAACAAAUCAACGCAUAAAUGUCACAAUCUUAAUAUAUGUCCGAAUUUUAACUCUCCGAAAUAUAGUACAUCGAGUGAAGGACCUACUUUUGAUUUCAGAAAUAGUUUGUAUCUUAAUUAAAAUAUAUCGUUCCCUGAACAUUUUAAUAAUGGAACUGUUAAACACAAAUGCCUGUUGAAACAAGUUAACAUGUGUUUUUGUUAUGGUAUUGAUUAAAGAAAUAGCGUCCCUAAUAAUCGUUAUAAUUAUUUAUCUUCGUGACAGUUUAUCGAAGGAUAACAUUAUUGAUAGUUCAAUGUCAUAAAGAAGCUGUUAAUCAGAUAAUAACCCCCAUAAACUUGACUAUUUUAUAUGGACAUUCAUAGUUUGAAAUCGUUUUAGAAACUGUUGAUUUUGCGAUUUUUGAACUUUUGGUACGAACCAGUUUGGAACAAAACCAAAGUUUCGUACCCAUUGAAAAUUACGAAAAAACACAUAUUAUAUGCACAAAUUCGUCACUACAACUACAUUAAACAACACAUAAAAUUUUAUUCUCUAAAAUAUGACCGUAUUUGUGCGUUAAAUAUGGAAUGUUUAAAGUUGAUAGGCGUAAAUGGGUUUCGCAUUUCGAGCACCAGUUAAAUUUAAAUCGUUCUUUUCUUAUUGCUUUCAUAAUAUUUUUUAGUCAUUUAAAUACUAUCAAUUUUUAUAAAAUUGUAAAGAAAUAAUAAAAUAUUUACUAACAAAUCGAUUCCAUUCAGGAUUUUAUUUGACGGUUGCAUAAUUAUUGGGAAAUUAGCAGACUUUGCUGAUGAAAGCGUUGUAGCGUUCAUCAACUUCUUGCACAAACAAUGAUGGCUUAGCUGUUGGUAAUUUCCAGCACAUGUGCACGAUAAAGGAGGUUCGCGUAUUAAUGUGGGUAAUUAAAACUGGGUUUAUUAUGAUGAUUUAUAACUCAUUUGAACUUUUUCUAAAACCCGGCCAGCGUUUCGUGUUUAAAAGCCACCUUUUGGCAUCCGAAAAAAAAGAUUUUAAAUGUUUUUUUUUUGUUGUUUUUUUUCGUCAAAAAUUGGAGUCGGCGGGUCCGAAAAUCAUUUUAUUCAAAAAGUCUGGCCUAAUGCUGAUGACAGCUAAAACCAUUUGAUAUUAUCGUUCAAGCGAAGUAUUGCUCAAUUGAUAUAGUCUUGUACAAGAUAGGGGGUUUGUUUAUUCUGUGAAAAUGUGCUCAGCUAUUGUAUUCACAUAAUAGUCAUUUCUUACAAAGGCGAACUAUUCGAGAUAGUCGUUUUGGUGGACACCUUUGUUUUAAUAACGAAAUAAAUAUAUAUACGUUUAGUUGCGACGAGACCCAUAUUUUUACUAAAAUAAUGGGUUAGAUUUAAUAAAAUAUACACUUAACUUGAUUGGAAAUCUAUGUUUCUCGGUGUAAAAUAAUUAAUCUGUUCCAACGUGAAAGAAAAUAGCCUGCUAUUGUUUUCGUUAUGUCGAUUUGCGUAGAUCUAAUUAACGAGUGCAUUGGGAAUAAACCUUUCGAUAUUAAUCCAUUUAUGCCUAGUGGACUCUCCGAUCCUUCUAAAUUGGAUCAAUGUAUUUCCAAAAUUAGGGAUGUCUAGUAUAUUUAUUUCUAUAUUUAGAAUAUUUCUUACAGAAAUUCCUUUAAGCAAACAGCGAAGACCCUGAUGAGACGCCGCAUCAUGCGGCGUCUCAUCUGGGUCUACGCUGUUUGCCAAGGCAUUUUUCUAGACGCUAGGCAUAUAUGGGUUUAUAAGGGGUAAAAGAAACUGUUUAUGUAUGCAUGCGUGUAAAUAUUUGCAAUAAUUGUUAUUUGUAUUUGUUUGUUUACAAAUGUAUAUACGUCACAUACAAAGUUAUUGUGUAUGUAUUAUCGCAUGAUGGUAUAUUAUAAAGUAAAUAUCACAUGCAUGUAGUGAACCGAUGUAAUAUAAAAAGUUGUUUUCAAUGUUUUUCAUCGCAAGAUGGUAUAUGAUCAAAUGAAUAUAACAUGCCAGUUAUGUACAUAUUUCAUGAUAUUUAAAAUUAAAAGUUGUUUUAAUA